ACGUGACAAAACACGGAAGUGCAUACAGUAGUUCAUUGACGAGGCACAUGACAUGAUAGUCAACUUUAAAGAUGUUUUGAGUAUUUGCCUUUUUAGAGGAAGUGCAUAAGAGUAUUUCAUUAUGAUAAAAAUAUGUCUCAUAAUUUGCUUGCUACCUCUUAGCAAAGCCGCUCUGCCCUUGGUUAUCAAUACUUGGCGUUUUGAAGAUGCAACAAGCGAGGCCUGGAGCACGCUGCAAAAAGGCGGCUCGUUUGUUGAUGCGGUGGAGAGGGGCUGCGGGCUGUGUGAGAUGGAGCAGUGUGACGGAAGCGUGGGGUUUGGUGACCACCCGGACGAGCAGGGAGAGACCACCUUGGAUGCUAUGAUCAUGAAUGGAGAUACAAUGGAAGUGGGUGCAGUGGGAGACCUGCGUAGGAUUAAAAAUGCUGUGAGCGUGGCUCGAGCAGUAAUGGAAAACACAGAUCAUACCUUCUUAGUGGGAGAAUCAGCCUCAAUCUUUGCUGAAAACAUGGGCUUUAAAUCUGAAGACUUGUCCACUAACAAAUCAAUAACAAUUUUCUCCCAAUGGUUGCAGAACAAUUGUCAACCCAACUAUAGAAAGAAUGUUUUUCCAGACCCCUCCAAAUUCUGUGGGCCAUACAAGCCUAAAACCAUGCUAAGGAGGCCAAAACAUAAGAAAAGAGACAUUGACCCCAGAGCUCAUGAUACAAUUGGAAUGAUUGUGAUUGAUAAAAAUGGAAAGGUGGCUGCUGCAACAUCAACUAAUGGAGCAAGUCAUAAGAUACCUGGCCGUGUAGGUGAUUCACCAGUGGCUGGAGCUGGAGCUUAUGCAGAUAGCAUAGCGGGGGGAGCUGCUGCCACUGGCGAUGGUGACGUCAUGAUGCGUUUUCUUCCAAGUUUUUUAGCUGUUGAAUUAAUGAGAUCUGGAGCUGAACCAUCCAUUGCUUGCAAGACAGCCAUCUCUAGAAUCAAGAAAUACUACCCCACAUUUUUUGGAGCUGUUAUUUGUGCCAAUACUACUGGUGGAUACGGUGCUGCUUGCAACAAGAUUCCUGAGCUCAGUCAGUUCUCCUUCAUGGUGUUUAACUCGCAGACAAAUCAACCUCGGCUGGAGAAAGUGGACUGCUUUUAAUCACACGCAUCUUGGUUUUUAAUGUCUUUCAGUUCUGUCUAGUAAUUGCUAUUUAUUAGUUUGUGCCUUACGAUCAAGGUUUCCUAUGCAACAUUUUGAAUAAAAUAUUUUAGUAAACCGUUAGAUCAAGGGAAUGUUGAUCAAUCAAGUUUUUUAAAUGACAUUGUGCUGCGUUGCGUUUUGAAGCAUGGUAAAGAUAUCUAUGCUAUAGACAUUUGUUGUGUUGUAUAUGCUAAUAGACCACUUUCGUGUUUGCAAACCGAGAUGACGUUUUUGUGGGCGGAGCCAAACUGGUUGCAGAAAGGUUGUGAGAAGUGUUUUAGCAUUAAACUGUGAUUGUUAUGGAUCUGGUGUUCUGUCGGAGUCUGAUUCCCCUAUGUCUGAUUUAGUGCAAUGUUUUGUAUAGCGUUUUAAUCACGUUACGUUUCUUUUUUUAGAUAAAUAAAAAGUUUAAAAGGCUUGGCUACUGAUAUGCAUGUAUGUAAUGCAUGUGUAUUGUUCUUUUUUGCUAAAUCAAUUAUUUUUAAAAUACAUAUAGCAAUACUAUCAUGUUUUCUACAUAAUAAAGUUUAUUAAAUAUUUCAUCA